AUGGUUUUAUCUUCUCUUAUUGUAGCAUGGGAAGAUUUAUAUUUUUUACUAUCAUCUUUAUGGAUAAAUAAAUCAGCCUCUCAAAAAAAUAGCCAAUUAAUAUCCUCUGGAUAUAUUUGGAUGAUCACAAACUGUUUCUGUAGCUCAGCGUAUGUUUUAGGAACACGAAAAAGAAUUAAAUCAGGUCAUUUUACGGAUUUUGAUGCAAUGUUUUACAACGAUUUGUUAGGAAUUCCAUUUCUAAUUAUCUGCACUUUGAUAAUAGAUGACUGGAGUAAAGAAAAUAUUUUACGUAAUACUUAUGGGAAAAUUUUUGAACCCGUUGUUGCAAUACUACUAUCGGGAGUUUUUUCUGCAGGAAUAGCUUAUACUUCUUUAUGGUGUAUUAGGGCAACAUCAUCAACAACUUAUAGUAUGAUUGGUGCACUAAAUAAGGUACAAAUUAAAUUUAAACCUAUGAAAUGUUUAACUAUUUUAGCUACCAGUCUCUAUUUUUGGCUUGGUCUUUUUCAAAACUCCGACAACUUUUCUAACAAUAUCUGCUAUCAUAAUAGGGUUUUUCUCUGGAGUUCUUUAUACAAUCGGGAAAAUGUAAAUAAACAUUAUUUAUUGAUAUAUGAAUAA